AUGAGAAGAUUUUGGACUGAUUAUUUUCUGACGAUUUUCAGUUUCACUUUUAUUGUGGAUUUUGGAGAUUGUGUGCAGUGAGUUUUUUAGGGAAGCUUGGCAUUUCGAGGGAAAAACUUUCAUUGCAAAUUUCAGUUUUCCAAAAAAUUUCAGAAAUAUUUCAUAAUUAUUUUGGAGAAUAAAAUGUGGGAAAAUAUUUGGAAAUAAAAACAGUAACCCGGAUGUGAUAUUUUUAUCAAAUUUUUAGAAUCAGGAUUACUAGUUACAAAUAAAAUUAAUUUUGAAUCCAUCAAUUUUUCCCAAGUGCGGUAUAUCUCUGCGUCUCUAACUUCGUUCCGGUCUCGCACCGACUAAUGAAAGACACCGUACUCCGAAAAACUAAUUAACAAUUUUAAAAAUCAGAAAUCUCCAAAAUUCAAUUCGAAGAAAUUUGUUUUUUUUUUCAAAAUUCAUUUUUUUUUGGAAUUUCAAAUUUUCGUACCAUAUUCACUGAGACAACUUCUAUUUUCGAAUAUUCAAUUCCGACCUGAUUCCAAUCUGAAAAUAACUGUAAAUAUGAAUUCUUGAUCAUUAUGGAAUAUUCGAGAUUCCGAGCCAAAUCCCACGAAAAUCGGCUUUGAGUUUAGAUAUUUAUGUUUUUAAAAAAUAUUAUUUGUCGUCCAUUUUCUUUCGUUUCACUAUACAUUCUUCGCAAAUAAAAAAUAUGAUUUUUAUCUGGAAAAAAUAGUGAUUAUCUUCUUCUUCGUUUUCCUUUCCCAUUUCAUUUUUUCUUUUUUUUCUACAAUUUGUUUUCGAGUUGAUUGGCUCUAUUCAAACCUAAACAAAAUGAAAAAAACGAAAGAAAGACAGAAAAAAAGGAGAAAUGAAAUCGAAAAUGGAGAUAGAGAUAGAUUAAAUUGAUGACUAAACAAAACUAGGUGCGGGUUUUCGAAACAAAACUUAGGAGUGAGAAAAUGAAUUGCCACGUCAUAAGAAAUUUUUUUUUGUAUCGAAAAAUUGAUCCAAAAAUAAAUCUCGAAUUUUAGGCUUCUGAAGCCUUUCAAGCAAAGUCUGCUAGAAUUUUGAACUUGAAAAUUAUAGAGAUCUAGAAGCAACAGUUGGAACCGAUUUCCCAGAAAUUCAAGCAGGAGUAUAUUUUGAGUGAAAACAUCAAGGUUACUGUAGUUGGCGGUUGUGUGUUGUGUGUAAUUUUGUGUCGCGGUGUAUAUGUUCCAUCAAGUGGUUCCCGAGCUUUUAAAACCGUUUGAAUUUAUUUUUUCUGCGAGUUGUGCGAACUGAGUUUAGCUAAACACAUUGAACGGGAACUCGAGAUAUUGAUUGAAUAACUGUUAGAUCACCUCACAUUAUCAGCUGUCUUCAAAAUUUGAUCUAUUUUUUUCGUUCCGUAAUUUCAACAUAAACCUACGCGAAACUUCCGUUUUCUGAUUUUUCAAAAGAAAAAAACGCCAAAUUCGUAUCUCUCUCUUAUUUUUCGUAUCUACAAAAUCCCCUUUUUUCUUCAUUUUCGUCUUCUUUUCAUGACAAGCAGGUACAAUAGAAAUUCGCUAAUCAAAUUUAUGUGGUUUGAAAAAAACGAGGAGAAGAAAAAAGCUUUUGGGUUUCAAAGUUUUUCAAGAAAAUAGUAUCAAGGGUGGGGAAAAUAAAUCGAUGAGGGGAAAAAAAAAGUUCAGGUAUCUCGGAACACAAAAAAUGGGAGAAAUCGGAAAAAAAGAAAAUGAUUCCUUCGGGAAUAUUUCAAGCUUGUUUUCUAAUGAUGGAUUGCGAAAAAAUGAAUGAAAUUCUGAACGUUUUUGUCGUCUUGACAAAAAAACGGGAAAAAUUGGAGAUUAGUAUCUUUUUCAGAAUUUUGAAUAGAAAGUUUGACCGUAAAAUUAAAAAAAACUGAUUUUAGAAGUGCAAUUUCAUUUGUUCUCUAAAUUGUUAUUUUACCAAUACCUUUUCCAAAAAUCCGAAGUUCACAAAUUCGAAUAUAAUUUAUUGAUCUGAACUUUUCACAUGAUAUUUUCAUAUGUUCACUUAUUAUUGUGAUUCUCUCGAAAAGCAUCUGGUAAUGUUCAAAAUAAUUUGUUCUUCAUCUUCUUCCUUCCUUCCGAUUCUUCUAAUUAUUUCGAAUUGUUUUCUUUUUUUCCGGAAUGAGAAAGUAUGAAAAAAUGAAGAGAAGCAGAGAAAAGUGCUUUUGAAUAAACAAUAAAUUGUUUAUAAAUUUCGAAGAAAAAAGUUGGGGAAAAAGGAUUACAUUACACGAAACAAUUAAAUUCAAGACAAGACUGUGGGAAAAAAGGAAAUGUGUGAAAUAAUUCAAACCAUUAUUUUUCAGAUGUUAUAAUUGUGCUUCUUCGGAAUAUGAAUCAUUUAUCAGUCGAGAUGUUAGUUUGAUGCAUAAAAUCAGGUGAGAUUUUUUUUAUUUAUUGAAAGAGUGCAUUUGAUGAGAAGAUUAGUGUAUUCGAACUCAUAAAAAUGUAGUACGAGAAAAAUGAAAAAAGAAAAAUACAUUAAUUUCGGAUUAGAUGACAAUUGGAUUAAUGACACGACAAACGGAUUUAUUUCAGAAUUAGAAAGUUCGAUCGAUUUUGUGAUGUUGAAGAUAGUAUAAUACAAGUUGCUCCAGUUGAAAAUUGUAGAUCAACUUGUGUCACAAUUUUUGAGCCACAAUAUUUUGGAGGAUUACAAUCACCGCAUCGACCAUUUCUUUAUAUGCGAGGAUGUGCUGAACAUGUUUUUUCGGUUAUGGAAAGACAACCUGCUGAGGUAUUUUUUGAAUUAAUUGAAAUUUUCAAAAAUAUUGAGAAGUAACUUGAAAUAAUACACAAAAAUUCACACAAAGUUUUUUUUUGAUCAUUCAAAUAUUAUGAAUAUUGUUUUUGUAUGAGGAUUACUGUUUCUUUAAAUUCGAAUCAAAAAUUCAGUCAUUAUUUUAGAGUUUCGUAAUUUUAGGGUAACUAAAGUAACUUUAGUUUCAAAAAUCGCAAGUUAUGUUUAAAAUUAAAACCAUUGUUCAAAUUUUUAAUAUUUAUUUUCAGAAUCAGCAAUCUUUUCAAAUUCUAUAAUUUCUAGGUUCAUGUUCUUCUUCGUUCUCCAAUUUGUGUCAAACUUCCAUUAUCUCAAAUCUAUCCUUCAGUUCAAGCAAAUGAAGUUGUCGAAGUUUGUUCUUGUGACAAAGAUGGAUGUAAUCUACAAACAACAAAUUCCUCAUUUUCAACUUUUCCAAUCAUUCUUUUUCUUCUCAUUGUGAUACAAUAUUCUUUCUAG